AUGCUUGCAGGAAAAGGAUACUCGUGGAAGGCCGCUAAAGCACGGCUGCCACCAUCACGGCAGGUCAUACACACAGUGCGGAACCCAAGGUUUCUGGUGUCAGUCGGUCUGGUUGCCGCGAUUUUGCUGCUAUGGCGGUCAAUGGGGUCCGCAGCACAAGAGGUGCAGAGAUUCUACUGCUUCGGCCCCUCAAAACCUCCAAUGCACAUGACAGCGAACGAGAACGAAGACUGGCAUGCGCAUCUAAACACACCUGUGAUAUUCAACCACCACAAGCCAGUAGAGGUCAAUUCCACCGAUAUUGAGCAUGUAGACCUAAACAAGAUCACAUCGACCGUUGAUGCAGCGAAGAACAAGGAGCGCGUCCUGAUCCUUACUCCGCUUCGCGAUGCCUCAUACUACCUUGCGAAACACUUCGACCUCCUCACCUCGCUCACUUAUCCCCACGAGCUGAUCGAUUUGGCUUUUUUGGUCGGCGAUUCGACCGACGAUACUAUGGCUGCGUUGGCAAAGGAGCUGGAGAGAGUGCAAAACAACCCUGAAGUUGCUUUCAGGUCGACGAUGAUCAUUGAGAAGGACUUUGGUGUCACACUCUCGCAAAGUGUCGAGGACAGACAUAGCUUCGAAGCACAAGGCCCGCGGAGAAAGGCACUAGGUAAAGCCAGGAACUACCUGCUAUACACUGCGUUGAAACCAGAGCACAGCUGGGUUUACUGGAGGGAUGUGGACAUUGUCGAUAGUCCGUCCAAGAUCAUCGAGGACUUCGUGGCACAUGACCGGGAUGUCCUUGUCCCUAAUAUCUGGUUCCACCGCUACAAGGAGGAGAACGGCAAGAUGGUCGAUAUCGAAGGGCGCUUCGAUUACAAUUCCUGGCAGGAAUCUCCCGAAGGUCUCAAACUCGCUUCCACCCUCAACAAAGAUGUAGUCCUUGCAGAAGGCUAUAAACAAUACCCCACGAACCGCAAGUACAUGGCCAAGAUGGGCGAUUGGCGCGCCGACAAGGAUGAAGAAAUACCCCUAGACGGCAUCGGUGGCGUUAACAUCAUUGUAAAAGCAGACGUGCACCGUUCUGGCAUAAACUUCCCAAGCUACGCAUUUGAAAACCAGGCCGAGACAGAAGGGUUUGCGAAGAUGGCUAAGAGAGCAGGCUAUGGCGUUUAUGGGUUACCGAAUUAUGUCGUAUGGCAUAUCGAUACCGAUGAAAAACCUGGCAAUGCUUAG